AUGUAUGAAAGAUCAGUAUUAAUUAAUUUCAUCAUAAGCGUUUUUUUCGUCACCAAAUGUGUGAGUGAUAAAGAUAGUGUUACAUUUUCAUUUAAAGAAUACCAAUACAAGGAUUCAGCUAAAAAUGAGAUGAUAUUUCGAGAGUUUGAAACGGCUUGCGAACAGAGCAGUGCUUGCAACCAGAUGAAUGGAUUAUCACGAACUCGAUGCGUCCGUGAAUGCGUUUCUCCCUCAUGCUACAGAGAAUUGUACAUAACAGAUCCGCUUGAAGAGGGGGAAAUUGAUGUUCGUUUAAAUUCUUUCAAAGGGUGUUUUAUUCAAAGAAGUGGGCGGACUAGAAAUUGA